AUGGCCGCCUCAAGCUGGGUGAUCCGGCUCGAAGCCAAUGAAGGUAAAGGCACGACCCCGAUCCUAGUCAAGGUAUCUCGCAAAGAAGGAGGGCAUGACCUUGAUCUCGAUCUUUUGGCCACCGAUGGAGAUGCGGCUUACGCUGGCAAAGUUAGACAGCGAUAUCUCAAGAGACUGCGCGCGAAGAACUACGAUGGAUCUGAUGAUGACUGGCCUGCUGCUAUCUCCUAUAUCCUGCGCUCCAAAGCAGGACACCCGAUCAAUCCUACGCAGGCACGGAAUAUCGACGUCACCUGUUCAGUCUCUGGCAAAAUUCCUACCGCCAUCCUGUCCAUAGCCUUCCUCCACAAGGUCGAAGACAUUACCCAGAAAUUAGGGACUCUUGAAUUACCUCAAAAACUGGACACCGAUGACAUUGACCUCUUUGGAUGGGCCCUGCAGGCUAUCGAAAAGAGAGGUGAGCUGGAUGAGGCCGUUCAGAGUUUGACUGGGGAACUCGGAUCAAGGGACAAAACACUUCAAGCCCUCCAGAAGCAAAUAGACGAUCUCGUCGAGGCCAAGACCGAACACGAAGCACAACUGUUAUCGAAGUUCACAGUACUUCUGAAUGAGAAGAAACUUAAGAUAAGGAAUAUGCAGCGCGUUAUGUCGACUGCAAAAACCGACGCGAAAAAGCUAGGAGAACUUCGUUCCGUGGCCAAAGACGAUGAGCCAAUAAAUAUUGGCCGGCAAAACAAGAGGCAUGCUGAAGAGGCCCCCAAAGACGAUGAGACGGAGGAAAGCGAAGCGUUCGAGACUAUGGAAGUUGACACCGAUAGCAAUGUCCAGCGACGUAUACCUCGUGAGCUCGAUUCGCCUACUUCGCGAGACACAACACCAUCUCCCUCAGAAACCGAUGAGGACGAAGAUAAUGAACUCACAGCCCCGGACUCGGCUUCAAGACCCAGGAAAAUAGCUCCAAACCCGAAGCAAGGUUCAAAUCACAAGUCACCAAGUCCACUCCCCCCUCGUCGAGAGCUGCCAUUCCAGAAGAAAACAAAUCGCUUACAGAAUGACGCAGCUCAAACGCAGACGGGAAAGAAUGUACAAUCUGUUACCCUAACUGCAGAAGAUGAUGAGGAGACCGCAAGCGAAGAUGACGAAUUGUGA